AUCUCUAAAAUCUCUUAUACUUUCCUAAAUGAUAUUCUUGUCAAUUCUGUAUAUUAUCUGUACCAUGACUUGUGUACGUGCGCUAUAAUAUAACAGGUAUAUUAUAACGACCUUUAAGUCUCUGAAAUAUCUGUGAUAUGUUUGCACAAAAUGUUUUAUAUAGUUUAUUAUAUUGUAAAUUAGAGCCGUUCGUUUACGUACUAACGAUAAUGGCUGGCGAUUCCUCGACUUGCCAAGUUUGCAGCACCAAACUUGGUUUACUUUCGCUAAAAAGACACUGCUCAAAGUGUAAAAGGAUAUGUUGUAGGCAUUGUCUUGUUGGAAGACCGGAUACCAAUUUGGGUGAAGGCAACGAUGUAGACAAAUCCAAGAUUUGCUCGGAGUGUGUAGAAAAUUCAAGAAGAUCAAUGUCUGUUCAUGAGGAUUUAGAAGUUACCGAUCAGAUAAACCGAGAUUUGAAGCUGGAAUUAAAACAAAAGGUCAUGGCCCUGGAAAAUUUCAGGACAUUUUUACUGGAAAUCAGUGCGACAUUUGGCCCUAACUCUGAGCUCUUUCCAAACACCGAUGACAAAAGUGGGAUAGAUGACACUAACUGUGAUAUUGUAGAUCUCAUCACAAAGUGCCAAGAAAAUUUUGGUAACAUGCAGCAAAAGGUUCGCUUGAUGCGCAAGGAAUAUGAAAAUGCCCGGAAGAAUGAAGAAAGUAGACAAUCUGUAAUUAAAAGUAUGAAUGACCAAAUAGAAUCUCUUAGAAGUGAAAGAACUGAACUAAGAAACAGUCUAGUACAAAUGAAACACUUAAGUCAUAGUGUAGAAGACCAAAAACAGCAGUACCAGGACCUAUUAGCAGAAUGUGAAAAGUUACGUAUCAGAUGUAACAAACUAGAAAUAUUGUUAAAAUCUACGAACGAUAGGCCUGUGAGCAUUUCUAAGACUCUGGAAGUGCUAGAUGAUACAGAGCCCUCUAGAUCUCGGAUUCUUUCCAUUUGCUGUCCAAAAUUUUUUUGA